AUGGUGUCCGCUGCCUGGUUACGAUACCCUUCACUACUUACACUUGGCGUCCUUGUUUGUCGCGUCACUGCACAAUACGAAGGUGAUGUCCUUCGCUAUGUCGACCAACUAGUUGGUACAGCAAAUGGUGGACAUGCCUUCCCUGGAGCUAGUCUGCCAUACGGCAUGGCUAAGGCCGUGGCUGAUGUUGACGGCAGCGAAAACUAUGGUGGGUUUACUACAGAAGGAAGCAACGUCACUGGUUUCUCGCAUAUGCACGACUCUGGAACUGGCGGCAAACCAUCAAUGGGGAACUUUCCUCUCGUACCGCAAAUAUGUCAAGAUGAUGAUAUAAACAAAUGCAAGUUCUCGAAGGAGGAUAGAGCGGUCCAUUAUAUUGCCGAUAGUGUGAAAGCGAGGCCUGGAUAUUUUGCUAUCAAACUUAAUAAUGGUAUCGCUGCAGAAAUGACAGUUACAGAACAUGCUGCCCUAUACCACUUUGAUUUUCCCCAUAAUAAUGCCGAAUCAAAUGGAACGUUACCAGUGAUCCUUGUAGACCUGACCGACAUACAAGACUCAAGACAGAAUGCGGCCAUUUCGCUAGACGAGGAUACCCUUCGAGUCAAAGCAAAUGGGACUUUCCUGCCUAGCUUUGGAAUUGGAACCUACAAUUCUUUUGUGUGCGUUGACUUUUCUGGAGCAGAAGCAAAAGAUACCGGAAUAUACAUCAGCAACCGGGCAGGAACACUGCCCAAAGCUAUAUCUGUGGGGCGAGGAUUUAAUUUGUUCUAUAUCCAAGCUGGAACGUAUCUCCAAUUUCGAGCAUCGAGUAACGGACCAACUCGAGUUAGUGCCCGCGUGGGCCUAAGCUUCAUUAACGAGGACCAAGCCUGUAAGAACGCCGAGAAGGAAAUUCCGGGGUCCAAUUGGGACUUUGAAAAAGUCCGCACAGAUGCUGAGAGCGCAUGGAAAGAAAAGCUUGGCCUUAUUUCGUUGAAAUCUGGAGGCGUCAGCGAUAUCUUUCAACGGACGUUUUGGAGUGCGAUAUAUCGUUCUAUGAUCUCACCUCAGGAUUACACUGGGGAGAACCCACUCUGGCAAAGCAAAGAGCCAUACUUUGAUUCCUUCUAUUGCCUUUGGGAUUCGUUUCGCUCACAAAUCCCUUUACUCGCUAUCAUUGACCCCACCACUCUGGCGAAGAUGAUACGCAGCCUUCUUGAUACUUACAAGCACCAAGGGUGGCUACCAGACUGUCGCAUGAGUUUAUGCAAAGGCUUUACCCAGAGUGGAUCCAAUGCUGAUGUUGUGAUAGCUGAUGCGUAUGUGAAAAGCAUCAGUGACAACAUCGACUGGGACCUUGCAUACGAGGCUGUUGUCAAAGAUGCUGAAGUUGAACCAUCGGAUUGGUCUGUUGAAGGGAGAGGAGGACUCAUGAGCUGGAAGUCCGUUGGUUAUAUUCCCGCCCAAGACUAUGACUAUCUAGGAACCGGAAUCACAACACGCAGCAUCUCACGAACAGUCGAAUAUUCAUAUAAUGAUUACUGUGUUGGAGUGUUAGGGAAGGGGUUAGGUAAAGAACACGAGAAAUAUUUCCAGAGAUCUGGGAAUUGGCAAAACUUAUUCAAGGCAGACCAGACCUCAUUUAUAGAUGGGAAGGAUACAGGGUUCGUUGGAUUCUUUCAGCCGAGAUACUACAAUGGCACAUGGGGUUAUCAAGACCCAAUACUCUGCAGUAAUAUUGCCGCCUUUUGUUCCCUCACCUCGAACUCACAGGAGACUUACGAGUCAGGCAUAUGGGAGAAUCAAUUUUUCGUUCCUCACGACAUGUCUACAUUAAUCAACCUUCUUGGUGGCCGCUCCAAGUUUGUUGCUCGUCUAGACUAUCUCCACGAUUCAAACAUACUAUAUAUCGGUAACGAACCGUCCUUCCUAGCUACAUUCUUAUACCACUAUGCUGGCCGCCCUGCCCUAUCCGCCAAACGCGCACAUACCUACAUCCCUUCUCGGUUCAAUGACACGACCACUGGGGUACCUGGAAACGACGAUUCCGGGGCGAUGGGCAGUUUCACUGUCUUUGCAAUGAUGGGUUUGUUCCCCAAUCCAGGACAAAAUGUAUAUUUUAUCAUGCCUCCUUUUUUUGAAGCCGUCAGCAUCAAAAACCCAGUAACAGGGAAGAUUGCAACGGUACGAAAUGUCAAUUUUGACAGCAAGUAUGAAAAUGUAUACAUUCAACGAGCAACGUUAAAUGGAAAGGAGUACACUCGGAAUUGGAUUGGACACGAAUUCUUCCUAAACGGAGGAACACUUGAGCUUACUCUCGGAAAGGAAGAGAGCUCUUGGGGAACUGGACAGAAUGACGUUCCACCUAGCCUUGGAGCAGGCAUCAAGAGAGACGGACUCCGGUUUACGUAG